AUGAGGGGUGAUGGGAGACGAUCGCGCGCGCCGUGGCCGCUGCUGAUCGUCCUGCUGCUGUUCCUGUCGUGGACGGGACCGACGGCGCGGGCGGAGAAGGAUCCCGAUCAGGUGGCCCAAGGUGAGUUGAGCGCGAGCGCGUACGCGCCUUCGUCGGUAGGCGCCGAUGGGCAGCCGGCGGCGGCGCCGCCGCCGAAGCCUGAUCCUGGCGGCCGCGGCGCGGAGAUCGAGACAUACAAGGAUCACGACGAUUUCGGGAAGAUCCUGUAUCCCCCGCCUCGCUUGCCACUCGGCCCGCAGUGGGCGCCCUCCGUAUCAAUCGUCCCGACCGAACUCAAGUUUGUCGAGACGCCUCUGUGCCAGCCCACGACGCACGUGAUUCACGUGUACAACAUGGACCAGCGCGAGACCUUCAAGAUCUUGAGUUUGACCACAGACGCGGUGUACAUGCAGCCCGUGGACUUUCGAUCGGUGGAGGUGCCCCCGGGGCGGGGUCGCCAGCUGAAGGUUGCGUUUCUCCCGCGGUCGCUCGGCGGAUCUCACGGUUCGUUCCGGCUGCUGACAAGCAAGGGAUCCAUCGUGAUCUCCGCGCGGGGAGUGGGCGUUGAGUCACCGUACAAGCUUCAGCCGCUGGUGGGCGCCAAGGUGCCGAGCGGGGUGCCGUUCAUGUGGCGCCUCGAGCUGUUCAACCCGCACUCAUCGACGGUCAAGCUGGUGGAGGCGCUCUCCUCCGAUCACACCAUCUCGCUCGGGCCGCCCAGCGUAGAGGAUCUCGAGUCGCAGAAUAAGUUCGACGAGGAGGACAAGGCUAUCAUGGAGAAGGCGAACAACUCGGGCCGGGGCGGGGUCAGGAGUUUCCCCAGCACCAUCUGGGAGCUGCCGUCGAAGAGCAGCAAGGUUGUCCUCUCCGUGAAGCUCCUCGCCGCGCACGCCGGUCGCCACGAGGGAUCCAUCAAGCUUGUGCUCAACCGGACAAAGGGCGAAACGUACGAUAUAAACGACGUCAUGGAGAGGCACGAGCUGCACGUGCCGGUGCAGUUCGACGCGGCACACGGCGGCGUGUUCAGGUCCCCGGACCAGAUCGAUUUCGGCAUUGCGACGAGGAGGCUGGACAGGCUGCGGCAGACGGUGACGCUCUUCAAUAGCGGAGCGGAGCCUAUCAGAGUGAUGGACGUCUCGCUUCGUCCCGCGGAUCCGUCCCUGCGAGUCAAGUACACGAAGGGGUACAUCCUGCAGCCGUACACCGAAGAGCCCGUGAUUCAGCUCGUCUACUCGGGGAAGUUGGAGGGUGUCCGCAUGGGAACGCUCCUGAUCAGGACCAGCAACUCGAACAUUCCCAUCGAGGUGCCGUACAGGGCCAAGAUUCAGCACGGUAAACUGAGCUGGAACGAAGCGGAGAUGUCGUUCCUGUCGCCCGCGACUGGACGCAAGCCCUUCCCGGCUGUCUCCAACACGGUGCGUGUCUUGAACAACUUCAGGACCCCGAUCGCUUUCCACGCCGUUCGCGUCGUGAAUCGACCGCCGAGGUCCAACAAGAACACGGAGCACACCGAGGCGCAGGCUCAGAUUGCCCAGGGUAACGAGAAGCCCUCCGAGAUCGCCGGCGCGUUGUCGACCGCCGAUGACGAGGAGGUUUGCUGCUUUGAGGUGAAGGACUUCACGGGUGGGCAGGUCGUCAGCCCCGGCCAUCCCCUCGCGCCUUUCACUAUCGAGUACACGCCGCAGGACAAGAACGUCGUCUUCACCGCGACGCUCGAGCUUGACACCAACCUUACUACGCUGGAGAUACCCAUCGAGGUGCACCACGGACAGCUCACCUGCUUCGACGCGGACCAAGCCGAGAUGCGGGCCAAGGCGGCGGCGGAAGCGGCGGCCAUGAUUGCCGCCGCCGUGGUCACAAAGGACGCGGCCGGUAACGCACCGCGGGAUAGCGACCCCGCGGCCGAGGACUCGGGAGACGCGGUGCCGUGCGCGGUGCUCGCUGAAGGGAGGAAAGCGACCCGGGUUGGCGACGACAUAUCGCAGAUGGGUCUCAUCGACUUUGGCGUGGUGGGCGUCCCGGCGGAGCGCUACAGGCGCGUCGCCGUUUACAAUCCCAACCCGAUGCCCCUGACGAUCAAGUCCGUGGAGUCCAGCGUCAGAUCCGUGUCCGUGACCCGAGUCGAGGUCUCGGGCAGCAGCCUCAAGACACCCAUCUCCCACGUGGCGCCGGGGUCGCUCCUGUCCACCUUGCACCAGACUUCUCACAAGCCCCCCCCGCCGCCGCCGCGGUGCAUGACGGCGGAGGGCAAGAACGUCGCGUGCAAACAGGAGUUCUGGUCGGUGCAGCACAAGGGCGGCAGCGGCGCGGUGAUUAUACCCCCGCUGCACAUCGCCACUGUGCACGUGCUCGCCGCCCCCGAGCGGGAGGAGACGGCGCCAAAGGGGGCGCUGACUUUUUACCUCGACAACGGUCGGCAGCUCAUCGCGCCCGUCGCAAUCAAGGCUCUGAAGGGGACCAUCAGCGUCUCGGGGAUGAACACGCCCGUCGUGGAGCUACCGCCCACGUUCCCUGGGCGGCCCAUCCUUGCGCCGCUCAAGCUCAGGAACGACUUCAGGGACGUCGUCACGGUGAUCGGAUCGCGAUCCACGUCGCCGACAUUUUCUCUCGACCUCUUCGCGCAAAAGCUCAAGCCCGGCCGGGAUACGACCGCGGGCCAGGUGGCGUUCGAUCCUGCGCAUCUCCCGCGCCAGUACGCGUACACCAGCCUCGGCCGCGUGCGUCGCAAGCCCGAGUCUGAGAAAGUUAUCGAUAAGCGAAGGUCUAUGUUUGCUGCGAUGCUUGGCGCGGAUGUUGACGAUUCAAGGACAAAGACGAAGGCUAAGACUCUGUACCCCGACGACGUAGACGAACUUCGUAGGAUGACGGACGCGUGGCGCGCGGUGGCUGCAGACCACGGGGGCCACGCCGACGCUGGAGCCGGCGCUUUCGUGACCCAGACGGCUACCGUGCUGCUAAAGACGGAUGCUGUCGACCCCUUCCCAAUCGAGGUCAGGUCGCGACUGCUCAGGCCCUCCAUCUUCUCUGUCGUCGAGGAAGAGGAAGAAGAGCCGCCGAAGAAGACCAUGGAUGCGCGCUUCCAGUAUUCCACUUCGAAGUCGAAGCCAAAGAGCAAGGGUGAGGGCCAAAGGGUCCUGAACAAGGACGGCGUGGUCGAUUUUGGCUCGGUGCAGCUCGACCGCAGGAGCCCCCGCCACCGCGUCAUCGCGACAAACCCGCUGGGCAAUCAGGUCGUCUGCGUUCGCAUCAUGCCCUUCGUCGCCGCGGCGGAGAAAUCGAUCGCGGAGAUGGAGGGCGACGUCGAUGCGGCUACGAUAUCGGCCGCUAACCUGCACGUCGCGGGUGAGUACGACCCGCCAGGGGCCACCGGCUUUGUCCUUGAGGGCGGCGACAUCUCCAUGAAACGAAAGACGGGUGCGGGCAAGGGUGCCGCCGCGCUGGUGAGCGACGGGCGGGAUACCGCCUGCCUCGAACCCGGCGAGUCCGUCGACCUCGGUUUGCUCUCCUUCAAGCCCAAGGAGGUUCGAAAGUACCACGCGCACAUGUGCGUCAGGAACAACUUUACCACGCUCGAGUGCGCCACUCUCUCCGGGUCGGCGGAUGCGGUCAAGGUUUACGUCGCGAAGAAGCCGAGGGGCACGCAGGUCGUCACCGACGUCGGGUUCAGGCUCGCGAGGAUCGGGCUUGGCGGCGCGGAUAUGCUGAUGCAGACUGUGCACGUUGUUAACCGCGGAUCCGUCGCCGUGGAGGUUGCGAAGCCGUACGUCGGAGCCUUUGCGUGCGGCGGCGACGGCAGCGUCGGAGGAUACACGGUGCAGCCGUGCAAACCGUUCACCCUGCCCCCCGGCGGGAGCAAACAGCUCACCGUCGCGUGCUUCACGGAUAAGGCUGCGCAGGCGGCCAAGUACGCUCGCGGCGUCGCGGGCGUGUGGACCGCGCUCACCAUGGAGGUGUCGUCCCCCGACGGGGUCAAGACUACGCUCGUCGCCAAUCUUCACGCGUCGGAUGGGAUUGUCACCGGAGCGUACGCGGCUGGCGAGAUGGCGCGAUCGGGACCCCGGUCGCUCAUCGCGUGGCUGGCGACGAUGUGCUCGGGCGGCGCCGCGUGCUGGCUCUUCUACGCCAACCGCGCCUCGCUCCAGGGUGCGUACGAACGACGCAAGAAGGCGGCCGCGGCGGCGGCUGCUACGCGGCAGGAGGCGGUUGUGGCGGCUGUCGCAGCCGCGGCUGUCGCGACCAACGGCAAAAAGGCGAAGAGGCGCGGGUCGCAGGACAUCGGAAGCCCCGCGUCCCCGGGCGCGACCAAGAGCGGAAGUCCCAAGUCUCCGAUCGUCUCCUCCUCGAUGGACACCGAGUCCAGCCUCGGGUCCAGCCCGGAGAAGACUGAGUCGGUCCUCGCGAAGGCUCCCGAGCCGGAAACCUCCGGCAUGGACUCCGCCUCCGGUUCCUCUCCGGCGCUAUCCCCCAAGAUCUCCUCGUCAAAACUCCGAGACGAGAAGAAGCCGGCGGAUAAGAAGUCUGACAAGGAGGAGGCAGAGGUGGAGAAGAAGGAGGCGGCCAAGAGCUCGAGCAAGCCCUCGUCUCCCGUCUCCCCCGCCAGGAAGGAGAAGGCAAACGGAACAGAUUCGAAGAUCAAGUCUGUUCCCGCCCCCCGAACCGCCCCGUCGACGGAGAGCGCCAAUGGCAAGGUGUCUCCCAAGACGACCGUCUCGCCGAAGACGUCACCCGCCAACUCGUUCAAGCAGCCGGCGGAAAAGACGUCCGACAAGGCCAAGGUGAUACCCAAACCCAAGGGGGGCGCGGCUCCCAACCCGUUCAAGCAGCCCAAGCAGCAGCAGGAGCGGCUGCGGGAGGAGCAACCCGCGACGUCGCAGGCCCCGAGGCCGGAGCAGCUUCCCACGCCGAACGUCACGUUCGCCGGCAAGCCCAUACGCACCAAGGCGUCCUUCGGGAACGAGGCGGGCGACGACUGGAUCACGCCGCCCAAGCCGGCGGCGGCGUCUCCGACGUACUCUGAGCAAUCGCUCCUGUCCCCAACCGGACUCGCCGCCGAGGCGACGGCCACGGCGGCGGGGCUCUCGGUGCUGUCGUCGCCGUACGGGCACGAUAUCUUCGCCAGCGCGCCGUCUUCGAUGCAGCAGCAGCACCAGCAGCCGCCCCUUCCGCCGGGCCCGCCGCCUUCGAUGCAGCACCAGCAGCCGCCCCUUCCCGCGGGCCCGAGGCCGCCGAACCUCCGACAGGACGGCACGCAGCAGAUGACGCAACAGCCGCUCGGCGGUUUCGCCCCGGUGGGUUUGCCCGGCCUCGGAUCCAUCGGCGGCGGCGCGUCCGGCUAUAACAUGUGGGCCGAUCACUUCUCGCAGCUGGGCCAAGCCGCGGCCAAGCCGAGCAACUUGGCGACCCCAGACGACGUUCGAAGGCUGUCCGAAUCCGCCGGCGGAUCGUUUUUCGGCGGAGGCCUCGCGUCGGCGACUGACGGCGACGCGCUGGAGCCCGACGGCGUCGGGGGCGGAGACGGAGGCGGGUGGGGGCUGUGGGGCUCGUCGCACAAACCCGCGAACAGCGAUCUGGACGAUAACGAGUGGGAGCAGAAGAACCUCGACCUGCUCAACGACCUGGAACUGGACUGA